UUGUUGUUCGCAAUGUUGAGACAAGUUUCGUUUGUGUUAUUAUUUGUUAUAACAAAUGUGCAUUCAGCUAAAAUAUUAGCAGUCUUCCCGACUCCAUCUGUAAGUCACCAAGUAGUGUUCCGACCGCUAGCUCUAGAACUGGCCAGACGUGGUCACCACAUAACACUCAUAACAACAGAUCCAUUUACACAAUCAAAAAACCCAAAUAUUACAGAAAUUGACGUCCACGACAUAUCAUAUGAACUAUGGAAAAAGCAAGUCGUUUUGAAUUUGGAAUUUGGGAGAAAGGACAAUAUUUAUCCACAGAUCGAAGUGAUACCGAAAGUGAUGAUGAAUAUUUUUUGUUCGCAACUUGAACAAGAUUCAGUUCAGAAACUGAUUAACAGUAAAGAAACCUUCGAUCUUUUAAUAUUAGAAGGUUGGUUAAGUCAGAAUUUAAUAUAUUCUCAUAUUUUUAAAGCCCCCGUGAUUUUGAUGAGUUCAUUUGGAGUGAUGUUUGCAAGGGAUGAAGUGAAUGUAGGAGCAACUACACAUCCUUUUCUCUACCCAAUGAUUGUACAACAGAAACUUUACAACAUGAGUUUUUGGGAUAAAAUUCAAGAAUUAUACAAACGCCAGUGGUUUGAUACAUUUUGGUAUGCUCAUGACGCUAAAGAAGUUGCGGUCUUCAGAGAGAUGAUUGAUAAAGAUUUGCCAGAUUAUGAUGAGUUAAGCAAAAAUAUUGAUAUGUUAUUUAUAAAUACCCAUCCUAUGUGGAUCAAUAAUCAACCUCUGCCGCCAAACGUAGUAAUGGUUUGGGGAAUACACAAAAAGCCGCAAAAACCAUUGCCGAAUGAUCUUCAAAAAUAUCUCGACUCAUCUAAAAACGGAGUAAUCUAUUUAAGUUUUGGUUCCAACGUGCUCUCAUCAAUUUUAUCUCCAGAGAAGAUACAAGUUUUUGUGCGCGUUUUUUCCCGAUUAUCAUACGACAUUUUAUGGAAAUGGGAGACUGAUGAACUGCCGGGGAAAUCGGAGAAUAUAAAGAUUUCCAAAUGGUUACCGCAGUCAGAUUUAUUAAGACACCCAAAUAUAAAACUCUUCAUAACCCAAGGAGGUUUGCAGUCAACCGAUGAGGCUAUAACAGCUGAAGUACCUAUGAUAGCUGUUCCAUUGCUCGGAGAUCAAUGGUUUAAUGCAGAGAAAUAUUUAUAUCAUAAAAUUGGAAUGAAACUCGAUAUGGAAACCAUUACUGAAGACGAACUUGAAAACGCUAUUAAGACUAUUAUAAAUGAUACUAGCUAUAAAGAUAACAUCCGAAGGUUUAAUAUACUAUUACACGAUCAACCACAGAGUGCAUUGGAUCGAGCCGCUUGGUGGACAGAGUAUGUGAUAAGACAUGGUGGAGCGAAGCAUCUUCGAUCAAUUGCAGCGAAUAUGCCGUGGACGGAAUAUUUUGAGAUUGAUUUUGCACUUAAGCUAACAUCACUUUUGCUUAGUAUUAUAUUCGGCGUUUUGGUUGUAAUUUAUUUUGUUUCGCGACGUUUAUUUACGAAGGAAAAGCUUAAAUCUGCUUAAAAGUUUAAACAUGUUAUUGUAGCGGAUGGAGUAAAGGUAUCUCAGGUAUUUUCUGAUUGUUUUAUCUAUGAAUAUGGUGCGUUUAUAUCUGAUAUCUAAUUGUUACUCAAGUUAGCAACUUGAGUUCCAUGAGUCUUACUAAUCUAAGGAAGACCUUGAUGACGUCUAAGUUAGUAGAAAUGAAGUUAGAAAUAUUCUAAAAUCACUAAAUCCUAGCAAUGGUCCGGGUCCGUCUCACUUUAUCAAAAAUAAAAAGUGCUACUACACCCAUAUGUCUGAAAUAUCACUCUCUACUAAAACCUUUUCCAAGGAAUGAAAAUGUCCUUACAUUAAUACAUAAACACAAAUGGGGAAACAGUUGUUCCCAGUAAUAGGCUAGUAUGCAAACUCAGCUCCAUUGUUUAGUUUUCAAUCGCGUUGUAUAUAGAUAUAUUUCAAAACAUAAAUAAGCUAGUAAAAAUCCCUAAUUAGCACGGGUUUUUAACUUACAAAUCAAUAACAUCUGACUUUAUUAAUACAGAUUUUCAAUAGGCGUUUGAUAAAGUUCAUCAUCAUCUUCUAUUGACAAACAUAAGAAAUUUAGGGAUACAUGGCAAACUGGCUCCGAUGGAUAAGCUCUUUAAUAAUGGAACCCAACUGUGGCUAUAAGGGGUCCUUGUAUAGGGAUUAGCAUAUAAGUAUAUUGGAUUGGAUUAAUAGAAGGAAAAUCUAUGAAUAAAAAAGAAAAAAUUGAUUUAUUUAUUUAUUCAGAAGAUUCACAGCACAAUACAGAAAUAGAUGUAUA